UCUCUUUGUCAACUCUAAUUAAUCUUAAAUUUAUUAUUCUUAUCCAACUCUGGAAUAAAAGUCUCUUGAGAUUAUAUGAAUCUUCAAACACUAGCAUUAUUUAUAGUAAAGACUAGUGAAUAUUUAUCACUAGUUGCUUAUUGAUUUAGAGUUGAAAAACCAAAGAGAAAACCAUUUUUCUUGUAUUUGUGGUGUUAUAUCAAAAUGUCACCAUUUUCAAUUGAUUUCUUGUCAACAAGAAGGUCAAAUCUCCAGAGUUUCCUUCAAUCUGUGACACCCAUUGUCACUUCAAAACCUCUACCAAGGAGUAACAUGGAUGAAAGUAGCACGUGGACUUCAAAUGGUGAUGAAUAUUUCACACUUGGAGAUUUGUGGGAUUGUUAUGAAGAAUGGAGUGCAUAUGGUGUUGGUGCUCCUAUUUCUUUAAAAGAUGAGAGUGUUGUACAAUAUUAUGCUCCUUAUUUAUCUGCCAUUCAGAUUUACACAAUCAGAUCACCUUCUACAUUGAGAAACUCAUGUGGAGAAGAAGUAGAUGGCACUGAUUUUGAGAUGGAGUCUUGGAGUGAUGCAAGUGACAGUACGGACAAGCUCUCAAGGUCUUUAAGUAAUAACUCCAUUUCUGCAGAUUCAUGUGUUGAGGUGGAGGUUUCAAGAGAUCGCUUGGGCUAUCUCUAUUUUCAGUAUUCCGAGAUAUGCACUCCUUAUUGGAGAAUUCCCUUUGCAGACAAGAUCUUUGAAUUAUCUCAGAAUUAUCCUGGACUCGCUACACUAAAGAGCACUGACUUGUCUGCUGCAAGUUGGAUGGCUGUUGCUUGGUAUCCAAUUUACCAUGUUCCAAUGAAACGAAUUGUUAAAAAUGUCUCGGCAAGCUUUCUUACUUACCACACAUUGUCGUCAUCUUUCCAAGAUGCUGUAGAAGAAAAUUUCGAUAGCGGGAUUCGUCUUAGUCCAUUUGGAUUAGCUGCAUACAGGAUGCAAAAUGAUAUAUGGAUAAACUCAGAUGCACAAGAUUAUGAAAAACUAAAUGAUCUUCAGAGUGCUGCAGAUUCAUGGCUGAAGCAGCUUUCCUUUCACCACCAUGACUACAAUUUCUUCACUUCACAUAAUAACAUAGAGCUUGGUUUCCCGUUUUGAACUCAUUUACAGCCUAGCUCAGGUUAUGUUUAUUAUCUUGUUUUCUUAAAGAAACUGAAAUUUAUGUACCCUCUUUCUAUUCAUGUCGUUUUCUCCAAGAAACUGAAAUUGCUGCACCCUCUUUCUAUUUAUGUGAAAAUACUUUUGAUGGAAGAGAGUUAUUAACACCUAUUUCCCUUUA